UUUUUUUUUUAUAUAAGGCGUUUCUAAGAUUAUAAAAACACAAAACACACGUACAUUUAUAUAUAUGCGUGCUAUCUAUAUAAUGUAUAUAUACAGAGAUCUAAAUAAAUAUAAAUGUAUAUAUCUAAUAGGAAUGCUGAUACGUAGUAUUAUUUCAUUUAGAAAAGCACAAAUCAGUAUGGUCGAUCAAAGACUACCUAAAUCAAUACCGUUUUUAAGUUUUAGAGCUGGCGCCUAUAUUGGAUCGAAAUUUUACUUGCCCUUUAUUCAUGAUGCCCUACUUUGUUAUGUGUAUGACCUUAAUGAGUACGUUUGGUCUUCACAUAAACUCAAUUUAAUGGGUAUACAGCAUUUAACACCUCAAGUUACAAGCUCAGCUGUCAUAGGAGAUAAAAUCUAUCUUGUUUGCGGUCGAUUAUUGCAUUCUUAUGUCUUAUCAAAUGGUUUAAUUGAAAUUGAUACAACAAAUUUUAAUACACGAUUGAUCGAGUCAGCAGAAGGUUUACCGCCACGACCUCGUCACGAGCAUUCCGUAGAUGCUAUCUUGAAUAGAUAUUUAGUUGUUUUUGGAGGUUUAUGUUAUAAUUCAGUCGGUGAAAAUGACGUAUUUGUCUACGAUACAUUAGAAGAUAGAUGGUUUGUACCGCCAAUCACUGGGCAUAUACCCCAUUUAAGAUUUGGACAUUCAAGUGCAGUCAUUGGUACUGAUCUUUACGUUCACGGUGGAGCGCAAAUAGACGAUACCUCUUAUAUUGUUUAUGAUGAUCUUCAUAAACUUGAUUGUGCAACCUGGACAUGGUAUAAAUAUGAGCAUCCAGAGGUUGAACGCUAUCUUCGACAUCAAAAUCGAAGCGAGGAAGUACCGGCCAGGACACAAAGGAAUUUCCUUAUAGCUACAAGUGGUGACAGUCCAUAUGAUCGAUUCCAAUCUUGCAUGUGUGCGUAUGGUUCAAAGAUCAUCAUCCUAGGUGGUCACUCCAUUCGAGAAGAUGAAGACGAAAAUGAAAUGCUAUGUAGUUACCCAGUAGACGAAUUGUCUGUCUUUAAUAUACGAAAAUGUUUGUGGACUACGAUUCGUGCAUCAACAGCUACACAUCAAUCCAUAUCCUAUGGAGCUCUAGCAAGACGCGAAGAUGAAAAUGGUGAACACAUGGAGGAUACUAUUACACUAACAGACAUGAGUGUCGCUGCUGUUUCAUUAGAUUCGAGAGGACUUCGUAUUUUUAUUUACAUCAUCCCAGAAUUCAAACGAAUGCCAUCAUCAUCACUUACUUCCUCUUAUUUCAGACAUUACAUCGCAAAGACCUAAUGAACAAACUAUUCAGCAGGAUCAG